AUGCCACAUUUCGGCUGUGCCGUCAUAGGGAUCACUUGCCUGGACACGGUCCGGGCGAACAAGUUCGUCCAUGAGGCCACCGACGUCCCAAUCGAGAACGUCAAUGUUCCUGUAGUCGGUGGCUACUCUGGCUCCCUCUCGGGUCCCUCUGCGGUACCCCUUUUUUCCCAGGAUGCCUCGGCCAAGUCGAUGCCCGAGGCGAUCGCGGCGCAAAUGCUGAAGCGAGUUCAGGACGCCGGCAAUGAGGUCGUGGAUGCAAAGAAAGGAAAGGGCAGCUCCACUCUCUCCAUGGCCUACGCCGCCGCCCGCUUCGCCCAUGCGGUGCUCGCGGGCCGGGCGGGUGGGUCGUGCGUCGAACCGGCGCUGGUCAAAACAGAUGUCUAUCCAGGCGUGCAAUACUUCUCGACGAAGGUGACCUUCGGCCCCGAAGGGGUGGAGAAAGUUCACCCGGUGGGGGAGAUGUCGUCCAAGGAAUUUGACCUGUGCCAGCUCUAG